AUGUUCGUUUCAGAGAUGUCCCGGGAAGGCGAAGGCUCGCCGGGCGCGGCGCGCUCCCCGUCGCCGAGCCCGCUGCCGCCGGACGACGCUUUCCACCACCAGAUCGUGCAGAGUCCGAGAAAGAGCCAUAUCGCGGAGAGAGCCAAACAAACCUUAGAGAAUAGUUUCCUGCUGCAACUGAAGAAGCAGCAACAGUUACAGCAAGAGAUCUUGUUGCAGCACUUCCAGCAGCAGAGGCAACAGCUCGCCGAACAGCACGAGCAACAGAUAAUACACCACCUCAAGUUAUGGGAGCAACAGAAAGCCAUGGAGGAGGCGGCUUUGCGCGAGGCUCGCGAGGCCCGCGAGGCGCGCGAGGCGAGGGAGAGACACGAGCGCGACCGCGUCGAGUCGCUGCGCAAGAAGGACAAACACGAGCACUGCGCCAGCGCAUCCACGCAAGUCAAGCAAAAGCUACAGGAAUUCUUGAAGAAGAAACAGGCCGCCGCCAACGCCAACGGCACCGUGCCCGGAUCGCCUUAUAGGAAUUGGGGCAUCGUGAAGUCGUCUUCGGGCGAGUCGAUAACGUCGGCGAGCGCCGUGGCGGGCGCGCACCCCUACAGGCUGGCGGCGCCGCUGCCCCUCGCACUCAACGCGACGCACUCGCCCCACGCGCCGCACGCGCCCCACACGCCGCCCACGCCUUCCGACUACCCGCUGCGCAAGACCGCGUCCGAGCCGAACAUGCUGAAGGUGCGUCUGAAGGCGCGCGUCAUCGAGCGCCGCGCUUCGCCCCUCGCGCGCCGCCCCCUCAAGACGCGACACAAGCCACGCAAUUGCGACGGUAACUCGCCUCGCGGAUCCCCGCCGGGCGGAACGAGCGCGACGGGAGUGGGCUCCACGACGCCCAUCCGGGAAGAGGAGGAGACCAGCGGCCGAUCCCCGGAACCGCUCUUCUCCUCCCCCUCGCUCCCGAAUAUAUCUCUGGGGCGACCUCACGUGCCUCACCCGGGUCUACACGCGCCUGCGCGUCACCACGUCCCUCCGCCGCCGACGCCCGCAGCGCUGCCUCCGGUGUGCGAGUCGGAGCCGUACUGCGCCGGCGGCAUAGCGGCCCGCCUCGGCAAGCGCCCACUGGGGCGCACGCAUUCGGCGCCGCUGCCUCUUGGCGACCCAGCGCUGCAUCCACCGACUGCUCACCACUACUUGCGCGACCAGAUUCGGAAGACGGUGCUGACGCGGGCGCACGACGCGGCCGCGGCUCAAUUGCGCGAGGAGGAGGGCGAAGUGAUCGACUUGACGGCGCGGCGCCCGCCGGCCCCAACGCCCGCGCCCGCUCCCGCACCCGGCGCAGCACCUCUGGCCCGGGCGUUAUCCUCGCCGCUAGUCGGGGCGCGCCCGCCUCCCACCGGCCUCGCCUACGACCCCCUGAUGCUCAAACACGGUUGCAGCUGCGGCGCGCACGCCCCGACGCAUCCGGAACACGGCGGACGACUACAGUCGGUGUGGGCUCGCCUCUACGAGACGGGCCUGGCGGCGAGGGCGGAGCGCACCCGCGCCCGUAAGGCCACGCUCGAGGAACUGCAGACGGUGCACGCCGAGGCGCACGUCCUCGCGUACGGCGGCCGAGCUCGGGACGCGGCGCACGCGCUGAGGCUGGUGCGUCUCUCGUGCGGCGGCCUCGGCGUGGACGCGGACACGCCGUGGAGCGAAGCAUACACUCCGGCCGCGGCGCGACUGGCCGCGGGCGCCGUCCUCGACCUAGCGUUGCGCACGGCGCGGGGCGAGCUGCGCAACGGGUUCGCCGUGGUUCGCCCGCCGGGUCACCACGCCGAGCGCGCGCAGCCCAUGGGCUUCUGCUUCUUCAACAAUGUAGCCGUGGCGGCGCGACAGCUGCGCACGCGCCUCGGCCUACGGCGAGUGCUCAUAAUCGAUUGGGACGUGCACCACGGCAACGGCACGCAGCAGAUCUUCUACGAGGACCCUUCCGUUCUAUACGUGUCGCUGCAUCGGCACGACGACGGAAACUUCUUUCCGGGCACGGGCGCGGCGGGAGAGUGCGGAGCCGGCGCCGGCCUCGGGUUCACGGUCAACGUGCCGUGGCCCUCGCACCCGCCGCUCGCCGACGCCGAGUACCUCGCCGCCUUCCGUACGGUCGUCAUGCCGAUCGCCAAGGAGUACGACCCCGAGAUCGUGCUGGUGUCGUGCGGCUUUGACGCGGCGAGCGGUCACCCGGCGCCCAUGGGAGGUUACAACGUGUCCGCGGCGUGCUUCGCGCACAUGACGCGCGAGCUUAUGCAGCUAGCGGGCGGCAAAGUGGUACUCUCCCUCGAGGGCGGCUACGACUUGCCCGCGAUGUGCGACUGCGCGCAGGAGUGCGUUCGCGCAUUGCUCGGCGAACGCAUCGCGGCGCCUCCCCUGAGCGAGCUGGCGAGGCCGCCGGCAGCGCACGCCCAGGCCGCCCUACGGGCCGUACUAGCGCUGCAGGCGCCUCACUGGCCGUGCCUAGCCCGCUCGCCGCCCCUCGUGCCGCUGAGCGCGCUGGACGCCGCUCGGCUGCCUCCGCUGCAGGCGGAGCGCGACGCGACCGACACGGCCGCGGCCAUGGCUACUCUCUCCAUGCACCAGCCGCCGCCGGAGCCCCAGCCGCUUGCGCUCAGCCGGUCGGAGAGCUCGCGCUCCGUGUCCGAGGAGCCGAUGGAGCAGGACGAGGGGAAGUGA